AUGUCAAGUGAGGUGUCUCAAUUAUGGAAAGAUUAUGAAUCUGGCCGGACUUUUAUCAUUAAUCCUUCAAAGAAGCCCAGUCAGCAAGAGUGUUUGGCCAAUGGGACCUUUCAAGCUAAAUUCCACUCCCAGAUUUCAGGCAAAGGAGACAGAGAAACUAGGAAGUUAUUUGAAAAUAAGGAUUACUUAUGAAAUUCCGUGAAGAAUCGAAUGGGGAAUAUUUAUACUCCUUCUUUAAGUAAGCUAGAAGGCUAUACACAAUACCCACGGCCAAAGACUAAGCAGACAAGUAGGAAGAUUUAUAAGCAACGAAACUAUACAGGGAGGUAUUCCAGAGUAAAGUCGGUCAGGCAUUUCCCUGAAGAAAUCCCUUCUUACCUUGAUACUAAUUGGUUUGCUCCAAAGCAAAGAGCAGGCACUGCUAAGCAUAAUGCUAGAAGAACAGUUCUUAAUAAUGAUAAACCUGCCAUAAAUAGGGAGAGGAACCUUAAAGUAGUGAGUUAUAGAGAUCGAGUCAAAAGUGCCCAUAGGAAAAAUUCGAAGAUAAAAGGAGAUGAGCCUAAGACACUUGCUUAUUAUCAAAAUUUGAGAAAAGUUAAUUCAAGAAAGAAUAAUGUGUUUAUCUCUGCUUCUACUAAUGUCCAGAAGACUCUCCGGACAAUGAGGCCAACAAAGAUAGACCCAGCUGAGGACGACCUAGCUGAAGUGAUGGAAGUUAAGAAACCGAAGAAGCCUCAGAAAGCUAAACCCAAAGCAAAAGGGAAAAAGGAAGAGGUAGUUGAAGAUACACCGGAGGAAUCAUCUAAAGAUCGGACCAUCGAUGCAUUGAAUGAUCCUAGUAUUUCAGAUAUGAGUGUUGCCUCAAUUCAAGAUGCAGAUUACAUCAGUGAGAAGUUAAGGCAAAGAACCUCUUCUCUUAUGAAAAAGAAAUUGGAUGAAUUUCAUAAGGCAGAAACUUUAGUUAAGGAAUAUAAACCUCCAAAAUUCAAAAGAUCAUCGAAGCCAAAAUCAGUGUUCCUUAAAGUCCCUAUCAAGACAUCUGGUCAACAAUGGAGGAGUGAUCGAAGGAACAUGAUGUCUGUUAACCCUAGUUAUUACUCCCAAGAAGUCUCUCAAAUAAAUAAGGAUAAAGCUAUGCUUCUCAAGAGAAGAGAUGGAACAGUCAUGAAGAAUCUGGCUAUGCAACAAGAACUUGAAAUCACAAGUAAGAAAGCUGAUAAAGAACUCCGAAGGGCCAUCUACUUGCAUGAAAAUUAAUAAGAUGUUUCAACUUCCUA